CAGAUGCACCGCAGCACACAUUUAACCCCGCAUGAAAUGCUAACAGGCAGAACAAUGCCAGUGCCUGAAUGGAGGCUUCCAUUCAAAGGCCCGGCACUUGAACAGCUACAGACAGAGUUGAAAGCAUAUAUGGACCAACAACUGCUAUCCAUAGAGCUAUCUAUCUGCAGGAAAAAGCCAGAAGUUCCUGUCCAGAGUCGGUGGUGAAGAGACCAGUCGAACCAGGAGACCUGGUAUACGUGAAGGUGUUCAGACGUAAAUGGAACAGCUCGAGAUGGGACGGACCAUUUGAGGUCAAACGAGCGACCGCAACCGCCGUCCAAGUUCAGAGGUGGUGAGCCUAACAACAGCGAGGCCGGAGAUGAACUCUCACAGCCUGCAGACGGCACCACAGCAUCAGCCAACGUCAGCUCAACCACGAGUGAAACGAGCAACGAGUAAUGAGGGUCGAAACGAUCGAAAUGCAACCAUGAAAUGUGGGACUUCAGUCUAUAAAGGGAAAUCCACCUUUGCAGAACAAGAUAAGUACAACACAACGUUAAUGAGUUUGACAAAGUACACACCAGUGUUUUUACCAGCUGAACUGAAGUCAAUGACUCAUCUAGGUCUUAAAGAACAGUUAAGAGAAAAAACAAAAAGGUUGCGUAAGAAAAGAGAGACCCAAGCUGAAUUCAAAUGGAAAGCAACGGUAACCGAUACAGGAUUUCGUACAAAAUUAGAUACGGAAUUUGAGGUGAACAUUUAUUACAAUGAUCAAAAAUUGUGUGGAAAAAGUGUCAAAAAGGUAUAUACAGAAUAUGGGAUAAAUCAGUGCUCAUUUAUUCUGUACAUAAAGGAUGAUGGUUUUGAGGUAGAAAUAGAAAUAGAAUCCCACAUGGAUCCCGAGGACAAUUACAAAUAUAACUUAACAAUGAAGAAUCUACAAAACCACAAUGUAGUAUCAGGAAAUGGUGAUUUAGAACGAAUAGGAAAUAAGGAAGUUAAUGCUACAGUCCAAAUGUUUAAUGACCGAAUUAGGAUACAUGUGGAGCCAGACAGUGAUAAUUAUGACUUGGUUGAAAGAAACGUGAUUAUCUCUAGAUUACUGCAAAAAGGUGACAGACGAAGGAUGUGUAAUUUGCAUACUAAUGUAAGCCAUCAACUAUCAAGUCUAAAUCAAGAAAACAUUAAUUGUAAUAUGACUGUUUGGAAUGCAGAUUGUGGAUGGAUUAUUGAAGCAAAUGUAAUAGCUUUCCGGAUUAACAAAACAUACGAGUUGAAAUUCGAAGACGUCACCUCGAGUGGAAAAGUAGAUUCAACUAUAUUAUGGACCAUACCACAUAAAGAGACUUUACCAGAAGAUGUAAAUUGUUUUCCCCCAACAACUAUGGCUACUAGAACUACAGUACAAUUGAAGAAAAUGACUGACCCUAGUGGAAAUGUGACUUUACCUACUUCAGUCACUAAAUCAGGACUAAAUAAGUCGACAACUUCAACGGAAAAUACAUUAACGGUCACAUCAGCGUCUAAAAUUUUAAAUAGCACAAUACAAAUUUCAACAAAUAAUAGUGAUAUUACAAAGGUAAGUACAAGUAAAAUGGAAGUGCAACCUACAGAGGUUGCUUGGGACUUGGACAACGCAAAACCUACCGUGAUUCGACCUAAGAGCAUAAUAACAACCUCCAACAACUGUUAUAACUAA